UCUUGGACUUUCUCACUUCCAGCCCGUGACCAGCUCAGCAGGGUUGAUGCAGCCCUCCCGGCUGGACACACACACUCACAGACUUCUGAAACCACUUCAGGCUGCGUUCGCUAUUUAUCUGCUCAGGGUUUGCAUCUGCUGACAAAGGAGGAAGACCAAGAGGACCAUGACAAGCUUGAAGUACAUGUCAGGAUUUGGAAAUGAACACGCUUCAGAGGAUCCGCGCUGUCCAGGAGCUCUACCAGAGGGACAGAACAACCCACAGGUCUGCCCCUAUGGCCUCUACGCGGAGCAGCUCUCAGGCUCAGCAUUCACCUGUCCCCGGGCCACCAACAGGAGGAGCUGGCUCUAUCGGAUCCUGCCCUCUGUCUGCCACAAGCCCUUCCAGCCUCUGCACGAGGGACACCUGACACACCAUUGGGAUGAAGUGGAGCCUGACCCCAACCAGCUGAGAUGGAAGCCCUUUGAGAUCCCGAAAGCCUCCCAGAACAAGCUGGACUUUGUGAGCGGACUGCACACUUUGUGCGGAGCCGGAGAGCCCCGAGGACGCAACGGCAUCGCCAUCCACAUCUUUGUCUGCAACACCUCCAUGCUUGACAGAUGCCUUUAUAAUUCAGAUGGUGACUUCCUGAUCGUGCCCCAGCAAGGAAAGCUUCUCAUCACAACUGAGUUUGGGAAGAUGCUAGUGGAGCCCAAUGAAAUCUGUGUUAUCCAGCAAGGAAUGCGUUUUAGUGUGGAGGUGUUUGGAGAGACCAGAGGCUACAUCCUGGAGGUGUACGGGGCACACUUUGAGCUACCUGACCUGGGACCCAUUGGAGCCAAUGGCUUGGCAAACCCACGCGACUUCUUGGUGCCAGUAGCAUGGUAUGAGGACCGGAGAAUUCCAGGGGGCUACACAGUUAUCAGCAAGUACCAGGGCAAGCUGUUUGCAGCUCAGCAGGAAUUCUCCCCCUUCAACGUUGUAGCUUGGCAUGGGAACUACACACCAUACAAAUACCAUCUGGAAAACUUUAUGGUCAUUAAUGCUGUCGCUUUUGACCAUGCGGAUCCAUCUAUCUUCACCGUCUUGACAGCCAAGUCGACCCGUCCUGGAGUGGCAAUCGCUGACUUUGUCAUAUUCCCCCCACGAUGGGGGGUUGCCAACAACACCUUCCGGCCGCCUUACUACCACAGGAACUGCAUGAGUGAAUUCAUGGGGCUCAUCAAAGGCCAUUAUGAAGCAAAGGAGGAGGGCUUCCAGCCUGGAGGGGCCAGCUUGCACAGCAUGAUGACUCCACAUGGGCCGGAUGCUGACUGUUUUGAGAAGGCGAGCAAAGCCAAGUUGGAGCCUGAGAGAGUUGCAGAAGGGACUAUGGCCUUCAUGUUUGAAUCUUCCCUCAGUAUGUCUGUAACUGAGUGGGGCCUCAAAACCUCCAACUGCCUAGAUAAAAACUACUACAAGUGCUGGGAACCUCUGAGAAGCCACUUCAACCCUAACUGCAAGUAAAGAGAUGGAUUUGUUGCUUGAACGAAGACAGGGAAAUCCUGCACACCUGUAUGUGGUAGCACAGUCAAUGCAGACAAGAGUGCAUGAACGGCAUUUCCAGCAGCCACCAAGUCAUCAAAAUGACCAUACCUAUGUAAUUUGGGAAAUGAAAUGAAAACCACUACUCUUAGCUUUCAAGUACCCAAUUAAAGCUAUCCUGGUGCCACUCUGCA